UUCUCGUGUCAUCAACCAACAAAUCACAACAUGAGCUAUAACAAGAAACCAAGCUCCAUUGACAAAAAGUCAGAACAGGUUGUCAAAAACGUGGAUAUGGAUAAAGACGAAGAGGAAGACGCACUGGAGAUAGCCGCAACCGCCUUCGAAAAAUUCCAAGUCGAGAAGGACAUCGCAGCCCACAUCAAGAAAGAAUUCGAUGUCAAGUAUGAUACAACUUGGCACUGCGUCGUCGGCCGCAACUUCGGGAGCUACGUCACCCACGAGAGCAAGCACUUCAUCUAUUUUAAUCACGGUCAGAAAUCGGUCCUACUCUUCAAGUCGGGUUAGGUCGCUGGUAUAGCUGGAACUUGUGAAUAUAACAGGACAGAGGUUUAGUUAGUAUAUAGACUAGAUCUCGGGAAGGAAAGUUGUUUCGUCAUGAUGAUCCUCCUUAAUUGAUCUUCAUGAGAGGAUAGUUCUUACUUAUAGGAUGACAGAGAUCA